UCGGUGGCCAAUACUCCAUGGUUCAUGCUCCUGUGGCUGAUCAACUUGGGUCGGGGCUGUUUGAGGUAGCCGCUACUGCGAUGUACGGGAUCCUGUCCGCCUAGUUACAACCCGCGGUUUUCGUUUUAUCAACUAGCCGCAGUAGUGUACACCUUCCGUUCGUUCCUGUCAAUCAAUCGCCUCUUUGCAGCUCGAUUUGUCUCUAGUAGCCUCAGUGUCUGAGUUGUAUGAGUCAACCGACCUUUUUAGUCCUAGCAGUCCUCUCAUCUCGAUCGCAGAGAAGCCGCACUACAGGCCUUUAAAUCGCAGGGUGCUCGCAACUUCAGGCUUCUAAGACGAGGCGCGUGUAGGGUACACGUGAGCAUCUGAAUUUCGAAUCGUAGGGGACCACCUCAGCAUCGGAUUUCUGAAUCGUGGGGUACACCUCAGCAUCUGAAUUCUGAUUCUUAGGUGACUAUGUUGUCCACUUUAAGACGAGGAGCGUUGCAGCUCGCUAAGAGGCCGGCCGGUAUGGUCGGAGCGCUCGUGCUGGGAAGCCUGGGUGCCGGCGGAGCGGCUGUCGCCGUGACAGACGGCGGCCUGAAGACGGACAGCCGGCAUGUUAAGCGGCUGGUGCUUAGUGCCGAUGGGAUUGUCCGAUCGUCAAGAGCCGUUGGAACGUUCGCUAUAAACAGCAUCGACUACAAGGUGUCAGCGGUGGCAAAUUCUCUUGACAGGCUGAAGAAGGAAGCGCCAGCAGAAUACGCGCGAAUACGGUCAGAGAUCCACCAGCGAAGUGCGGACAGGAUCCUGCGGCUGUGUGAGGCGAAUCGGGGCAUCUACAUCAAGGCGGGGCAGUUCAUUGCAACGCUGCAGCAGCUGCCUCGGGAAUACCGCACGACCCUCACCGUGCUGCAGGACCAGGCUCGCGGUCGGCCCUUCAAUGUUAUUGACCGGGUUUUUAAGGAGGAAUUCGGAAAGAGUGCGAAGGAGAUCUUUGUGCAUUUUGAGGAGGAGGCCAUAGCAGCGGCAUCGCUGGCUCAGGUGCAUCGAGCAACACUGCCUUCAGGGCAGGAAGUGGCUGUGAAGGUGCAGUACCCGCGCCUGGAGGAGCAAGUGGCCACGGACAUCUCCACCAUGGGCUUCCUCUCUCGAGCCGUCAAGUGGGUAUUCCCCAACUACCAGUUCAGCUGGAUCGUUCCCCAGUUCCAGGAGAACCUUCAGCAGCAAUUAGACUUCGAGAAGGAGGGGCGCAAUGCAGAGAUCACAGCGGAGAACUUUGCACACAAGGAGGAGGUCAAAGUGCCCAAGAUCCUGUGGGACUACACCACCAGGAGAGUUUUGACCAUGGAGUUUAUGAACGGCUGCAAGAUCGACGACUUGGAGGGGAUCAAGAAGCAGGGACUCAACCCUCUGGAGAUCGACGACUUGGAGGGGAUCAAGAAGCAGGGACUCAACCCUCUGGAGGUGGCAGCGCUGCUAGUGGAAGUGUUUGCGGAGAUGGUCUUCUGCCACGGCCACCUGCACGGCGACCCACACCCCGGCAAUGUGCUUAUCCAGGCGCAUGCACCGGGCGCCACAAGAAAGGGGCACCGCAACUUUGAUAUCGUGCUGCUGGACCAUGGCCUGUACCGAGAAAUGGACGACUCCUUCCGCAACGAUUUUUGCCAGCUCUGGCGAUCGCUCAUUCUGUCGGACAUGGGAGGGGUGCAGCGGUGGGGGGAGAGGCUGGGCGUUGGGGAGUACUCUCGGUUCCUCCCUGCACUGUUUACUGCACGACCCUUCCAAAGCAAGACGCGGUGGGGGCAGCGCAUGUCGCCAGAGGAGGAGAAGAGCUUAAGAAAGGAGAUUAAAGCCAUCAGCCCGCAGGACCUAACGGCGGUGGUGGAGGGGCUACCCAAGGACAUGUUCCUCGUGAUGCGCACCGACAACCUGAUCCGGCAGCACAUAACAGCGCUGGGAGCCACGCCCAAGCUGCGGCUGCAGAUCAACGGGCGGUUCGCCGUGGCUGGGCUGGCGGUGCGGCAUUCCGAGGAAGGCCACCUAACAUCCAACCUGGCAGCCUACCUGAGGGCACAGCUGGACUUGGCACAUUUGUUGCUCAGAAUCCGGGCAUGGGAGAUAACCCAGGAAAUUAUGGACAUAGUUGCUCGCAUAAAACACUAUUUGGAUUGGGAAUACUUGAGGUGGCGGCAAGCCCUCUUUAGUGUGCUUAUGUCGUUGAACCUAGCGGAUCAUAAUUCAAGAAUGCUUCUGUAUUAGAGUGUCCGGGCGUUAGGGUAAAUGCUAUGGUUUGGUCGGAUGGAAUUACUCCAUUUGUACUUGCAGCAUUAAUAUGAGCUUUUAGAUUUAGG